CGGGGCGGAAGAGGCGGCUGGACUGCUGGUGAUGGGGCUGCUGACUAUUCUGAAGAAGAUGCGACAGAAGGAGCGGGAGCUGCGGCUUCUCAUGCUGUAUCCUUUUGCAGGGGGAGAGGAUGGGCGUGGCCUAGACAAUGCUGGCAAAACCACCAUCCUGAAGAAGUUCAACGGGGAGGAUAUCGACACCAUCUCGCCCACACUGGGCUUCAACAUCAAAACCCUGGAGCACCGGGGGUUCAAGCUGAACAUCUGGGACGUGGGCGGACAGACAUCCCUGCGCUCCUACUGGCGCAACUACUUUGAGAGCACGGAUGGUCUCAUCUGGGUGGUGGACAGCGCUGACCAGCAGCGCCUGCAGGUCUGCAAACAGGAGUUGCAGAGCCUCCUGGUGGAAGAGCGCCUGGCUGGAGCCACCCUGCUCAUCUUCGCCAACAAACAGGACCUGCCGGGAGCACUGUCCUCCACUGCCAUCCGGGAGGCCUUGGAACUAGACAGCAUCAAAAGCCACCAUUGGUGCAUCCAGGCCUGUAGUGCCUUCACUGGGGAGAACCUGCUGACGGGGAUCGACUGGCUCCUGGAUGAUAUUUCCAGCCGGAUCUUCACCACGGACUGACCAUGCCCCAGAAGUGGCCCCCUCCUUUGUGGGGGGCUGCAGGAGUGGGGGUGGGGCUGCAUCCAAGCUUUGAACAGAGUUCCCAGGACCAUGUGGCUGUUGUUUCCAUGGACCCUCCCAUCAUGCUUUCCUCCAACAGUCAGUCACCGGGACAGCAACUCCCCUUGGAUUCGGCCUAGAUCCCAGCUGCCCCCUGGAAUGACGCAUGGCUUAGUGCCCCUGGCCCGGGUCUCGUGCAUGCGUUUCAGGGUUUGAGCCUCUAAUGCUGGCAAUCAAUUGGACCCAAAUGAUGGGGGAAGCAGAGGGACCAGGCCAUUUAUAGUCACGGGGGUGGGGGCUGAGGCCCCAUCAAUGGAGCACAAGGCCUGUUGAACUGUGUGUAUGAGUGGGACUGGUAGAGAGGAACUCCCCCCCCCCCCCAAAAAAAAAAAAAAAACCACCAACCAAACAACCCCACCUCUGUAUCAAACAUUCACUCAUAUUUUUCAUCGCCUGCGCUAAUAAAAUCAGUGGCCUAUGUCCCUGGCUGUGCCUGG